AGAAUCAGCACGCGCGCGCACGCCGUAGUCUAAAUUUCCGUCAGAUGACGAUUCGUGCGACGUAAACAGUGGAUGGUAGAGGGAAUGGCUUUGGAGCGCGUUUCAGUUGCGGUGUUUUUUUAUCAUUUCCCAGCAAAUGUUCAAGCUUGGAAGGACAAUGUCGUCGCCUACAAAGCAAGUUAGUAUCCGAAGGUUGCCGCCGCUUCCGAAUCAGUUAACACAGAGGAACAUAAGAGAAACUGUCAACUCGAAUAAUGAAAAUCACGCCGGAGGCAGCAUUAAAACAAAACCUUCCGGAGUUCUCUCCGAAAUGCGUGUCAAAGAAUACCUUUUAGCCAACCCACAAGUGUUGGAGGAUUUUAUCAUGGCAGAUAUAAGCCAAGAGCAGCUCGAGAGAUGGCUGAUCCGAAAGACACAAUCCACAGAACACAUUAAAGGGGAAGCUGUGAGAACAUCUCUCUCCAAAUGGAAGUUUUGUGUUCAUACCGACAAGCGCAAAAUGCUCCAGCAACUGACGAAAGACAUCAAUCAACAGCCAAAAAAAGUCAGAGUUAUGCACGAGCUCGUCAAAAGCGUAGCUGCAGCCACUCAUGCAAACGUACAUUCACUUUACCUGGUGGACAAAAAUGGAAGGGACAUUUAUCUGUAUUCAGAGAACAAGCCGAGAUCCCGGUCUCUUUGUCGUCAGAAAAUUGGAUGUGGUGGCACGAUUGCGGCUUAUGUCGCUGAGACGGGUCAAAGGCUUUAUGUUAAAGAUAUUCUCGGGGACGAGAGAUUUCCCAAAGGAAUUGGUAUUGAAGACAGCACAGCCCAGUCUGUAUUGUGUCAGCCUAUUGUACAAGCCGAUGGAACUAUAGUUGGUAUUGUCGAAUUGGUAAAAAAACUUGGCAACCCAUCAUUUGAACGGGAAGACGAGGAGAUCGUUAAUAGUUAUCUUGCCUGGGGUAGUAUAGCUAUUCAUCAUGCUGAGAUUUCAAAACAAAUGCAAAAGCAAAAAGAUCUAAAUAGUUUCCUGUUGAAUGUUGUAAGAUCCAUUUUUGACGAAGUUAGUACUAUGGAUGUGGUAAUUGAAAAAAUAAUGGCUUUUGCCAAGCGGUUAGUUAAUGCUGAUCGCUGCGCGCUCUUCAUGGUGGACGCCAAAUCCAAUGAGUUAUACGCCAAUCUGUUCGACGAGGGAGACGAGGAUGGUUUAGGGUACAAAUUUAGAAACGGAGCAGAAAUAAGAUUUCCUAUCAAUAAAGGCAUCGCCGGCUUUGCUGCUAGUACAUCAGAAACUGUGAACAUCAGCGACCCAUACCGUGAUACGAGAUUCAACCGUGAAGUGGACAUAAAGACGGGCUAUAUAACAAAAUCCAUUCUGUGUGUCCCCGUUAGUUGCAAAGGAAGUGUAAUUGGUGUCGUUCAGAUGGUAAACAGUAAAAGAGGAUUUUUCUCAAAUGAAGAUGCCAGAGCAUUUGAGUUAUUUGCUGGUUACUGUGGACUGGCUCUGCAUUACAGUCAGAUGUACGGUCAGCUCUUCAGAGGGCAACAGAAGCACCAAGUGGCACUAGAAGUUCUUACAUAUCACUGCUGCGUAUCAGAAAAAGAAACUGAACUAUGGCUUGCCUCAGCGACCUCCUGCAGUUUGCCAAAUGAUUUUUAUAGCAAUGAAUUCAAUGUAUAUCAAAAUGACGACGAACUAACAAACUAUUUCAUUAUUAUGACAAACGAGUUCUUCCAAGAGUGCAACGUCAGACUUGAUAUGGAGACACUCGUUCGUUUUACCUUGACUGUGAGGAAGGGUUAUCGUGGUGUGGCAUACCACAACUGGGGGCAUGCGUUUGCUGUGGCUCACAGCAUGUGUGUCCUCAUGAAAAUGGCCUCCGAGGUGUUUACUUGGGAAGAGAAAAUUGCGUUAUAUCUUGCGAGUAUCAUACACGACAUCGAUCAUCGUGGUUACAACAAUGCUUUCAUGAUCAAGAACAAAUCCCCGCUGAGUCAUCUGUACUCAACUUCAACCAUGGAAUGGCAUCAUUUUAAACAAGGAGUUUUCAUCUUGGAGACGGCUGGUCAUAAUAUUUUAAAUGCACUCUCCGCGAAGCAGUACAAGUAUAUGUUGGAACUUAUGGAAGACGCGAUCUUGGCAACGGACCUAAUGCUGUUUUUCGAUAACAGAGCAAAACUCGACGACAUUGUCACGAAUGGAAAAUUCUCUUGGAGUAUACCAGAUCACAAGCGGCUUGUUCGUAGGCUGUUGAUGACCGCGUGUGACUUGUCUGCCGCUGCCAAGCCAUGGUACAUUCACAUCAAUUCAGUCAAGAGGGUGUUUGAAGAGUUCUAUCGACAAGGAGAUGAAGAAAAGCUUAUGGGACUGACUCCUGUGCCAAUGAUGGAUCGAGCAAGAAAGAGCGAACUUCCUGAAAAUCAGGUCUCGUUUCUCAAGGGCAUCGUUAAACCCUGUUAUUCAACACUUAUUAGUGUCCUUCCUAUGAUGGAAUCAAUAAUGGCCUCCAUUGAUUUAAAUUUGACCUCAUGGGAAAAUCGUCUAAGACAAAAACAGAUGCACCCGCCUGGUUCCGGUGGACGUCAACUGCCUGAUGGAACAGACGUGAGGGAGUCUGUAUCUUUCUUUGAUUACUAAUCAUAAAUCCUUUCAAAAGUAUUUGUUAAUUAAAUUCCAAAAAAAAUAUCAGUGAAAAGA